AUGGCAGCAUUUCGCAUCGCAACCAGAAUCACAAAUCACCAUCAUCAUUUCUUAAACAAGAACUAUAAUCACCACUACCGUUCAAUUUUCACCACACUCCACCUUCAGAAUUCAUGGAUCAACAAGGUCAAAAACGUCUUCACACCCCAAAAACCCGAACAACCACCGCAAGUAGACGCAUCUCAAUUCCCCUCCGGAUCAUUCACACUUCUCAAUUUCGCCGAUGAAAUGAAGAAAGCGAGAAAAAUUGGCGCGUUUAAAGAGUACAUGGUUGGAAGAAGCAGUGAAGUUACUUUCGCUACUGCGUUUGAGAAAUACGAAGCGAUUAUUCGAUAUCUCGCGGCUUUUGAUUAUACCGGAGAGAAUUUGAAGACUAGUCAUAAACAAGAAGCGGCGAAACACUGUAAUUGCACAAUUGCUGAUGUGGAGAAUGCACUUGCGAAAUUUACUUGGGCUAAAGAAGCACAGAAGAAGAUUCAGGAGUUGAACAAAGAAGGAAAACCUAUGCCGAAAAAUAUUGCUGAACUUCAAAAGCUUGUCGGUACAAAUCCAUUGGAUCUUGCAAGGUCUAAUUUGGCUAAAAGUGGACAAGUUAGCAGAAAUGCCCCCUGUCCAUGUGGUUCAAAGAAGAGAUAUAAAAGAUGCUGUGGAAAGGAUUGA